CCCCGCCGGCGCCCCCGCCCCCACCCGGGGAGCGCGCGGUGUGCUCGGCCCCCUCCUCCGCGCCCGCGGCCUGGCGGGGCGGGGCGGGCGGCCUGGCGGGCGUGGGGUGGGGUGGCGGGGCGGCGAGGAGUCAGGUGCAGCCGCGGCCCGGAAAGUUUCCUUUUAGGCCCGAAUGGGGGGCGGCCCUCCUCGCGGGGAGCCCUGGCGCUAGCGCUCGCGACCCCCGCGGGAGCGGGGAGAGCUCGCGGCGAUUUGGAAACUCUGGGCCAGUUCCCGUCGGCGAAGGUACUGCGCCCCGCGCCCCACCCCGCGCCCCGCGCGCCCCGCCGGGCGGCCGCCUCCAGCCCAGCCCCGGGCGCCCGGCGCGUGAGGGCCUCGCCGCCCCGUUCGGAAAAGUUUCUCGAGGAUUUUCCCGGCUCCGUCGUGAGCGCCGCGGCCGGGGCGCCGGGGCGGGAGGCGGUGAGUUCAGGUGGGCUUGCGGUGGGCGCGGGCGGGACCCCGGACACCCGGGCGGGCACUUGGCGAUCUGGCAGCCCCCCCCCCCGCACACACCCCCCCUAGCACCCCGGAUUCCUUCGGGUCUGCGGCCCCGCGGGAGGGCGUGGGCGGCGAGGACCCCGUCGAGGAGCGGGGCUGGGUUUCUGCCGCCGCCCCCGGAGGUGGGAGUUUCCCGUCCUGUGUGGUCACUGUCCGGGGAGCCGAACACGUGAACAGCCCGGGGGGGGGGGGGCUGGUUGUCAGCACGCGUGGGAGCAGGAGAAACGGGGAGGUAGGGGAGGUGGGCAGGGCACCCCUGCAACCCGGCGCGGGGAUCCGCAGGGGGUUUAUUCGGAGAACUGUUUGCAUUCAGGGGAUCCCUCCUGUCCGACCCCAGCGAUAGGAAAGUGGGGGUUUUAAGGGCAUUUGCGAUCGCCGCAGCUCACAGGGGUCUGCGGGAGAGCCCUCGGGGAACGCAGCCUCGCCGAUACCGGGUUUUCUCCUUUCUUUCCGUUUAAACGGGUUCAGUGUUAGCUGUAUUUUGGUGCCCUGGGCUUUGAAAGGGUUUAGUUGUUGUUGUUUGCUUGUUUGUCUUUUAGUUGAAAACUUACAUUCCCAAAUCUAGAUGUCCUGGUUUCCAGGGAUGGGACGCUUCCUGUGCUGCACUUAGCCGCCUUCUGGGGGUUCUUUGGUAUGGAAGUUGGGAUGCUAAUGCCCCCUGCCCCCCUCGGCCCGCCUCCGGGAUGGGCAGGUGGGGAGAGGUGCUUUUUCCUCUUUUCGUUUGUUCCUCCCUCCCCCCACCCCCCUUCCCCACCUCCUGCCCUUUGUGGUGGACCCAGGGCAGGAUGCUGGGUGGGUGGGUGCGCGUGUGCGCCCUGCCGGGUGUCGGGCUGGAGUUGGCUGGCGGGGGUGUGCCGCCUUCUGACCACCCGCCCCCAGAGCACUGGUGCCCGGGAGAAGGGGCCGCGCAGAGCAGGGCAGGGGGUGGAUGGCCCAGGACCUGGGCAGGCGGACUUCUGUCAGGAUGGACGUGUGAGGCCCCUGUGAGUCCUCCCGUGGCCUUUCCUUUUGUCUGCCUAGGAUAAAACUACUUCUGUUUUUUCCACAGCGAUACAUAUCCAGCCAUUUAGCAUUGUUCUUAAGAAAGGCGUGAUAUUCGAGAUGAUAUGGAUUGCGUACAAGACAUGCAAAUUACAUUUAAUGGUGGUUUAACUUUAUUGAUUAAUUGAAAUUGCUUAUUGACUUGGACGUUUUUAUGCACUUGUGUACCCGAAAUGGUUACUUCUGUUGUAGUUUGGCCUUUUCAGAGCAUAUUGGAUGGAAGAAAUCACUCAAUGAGUCUCUUAGCACAACAUUUUAAGGUUUAAAAAAAAAAGCCCCUUUGCCUCAUAAUCCAAAGAUGUAGGUUUAACUUCACAUUCCUAAGCUUUAAAAAACUAUAUGGACAAAUCCCCAAAGUUUUGUACUUUUUCUACCCUGUUCCAAAAUAUGUUAAUUUCUUAGUUGCCUCAAGGACUACUUUAUUCCUGAAGAAAUGGUGGGGUUUAUUUUCAAAAGCUACAUUUUAUUUGAAACGAAUAAGAGACUUCAGGGCAAAUACGGAAUUAAUUUUAAAUUGCUAAGGUGAGAUACUGUUUUACUCUUAAAUAUUUCCAAAAAUAAAUAUUUAUUUUGAUUUAUAAAUCUGAAAGGAUCAAUUUUUCUUUCCUCUGAAAGAUUGUAGAAGGAAAUUUGAAUACCACACCCCCAACUAUUUUUCUCAGCAAAUCAUGUCACUGCUGUUCUUAGAGAAAUGAAAUUUUGGUUUUGAUGGAUUUUAAAACUUGUUAAGUCAGAGCACCCAGAAUUAAACAAGUCAUUAAAAAAAAAAAAUGCUGAUCCAUUCAUUCUUAUCUGAGAUGUUCCCCCAGGGUGAGCAGCUUUCACUAUCCAGGUUGGGAACAAUAGUUAUGGAUAUUGAGAGGCCAUUUAUUUCUGGAUACAAUCAACAGUCCCUUGGUCUUGUAACCCAGUCUCCCCCCCCACACUUAGAAACUUGUAAGCAAUAGGUAGAUAGGUGAGAAUGGGUUGGAAGCAGCAAAUUGUCCCCAAAAGCAGAUACUCCACUGCAUAUACAAUGGAGUCACAUCCAAGCCCAUUUAAUUUAUGCUAAUGUAACUCUGUUUGUCCCAGAGCUCUGACUGUAAUGCUGAUUUUAGACAAUACUUCUGGCUAUUUUGAGACACGUGUAAAGAUACUCUGCACCAAGACUUCAAAUUAAAAUCUACAGCCUCUCUUUUCCCUCAUGGCACUAAAGAUGCCAGGCUACUAGGUUCUGAUGGUUUUUAAGGCAGCUAGCUCUUCAGUUCAAAAAAUUUUUCUUCAGUUCAUUUUUAUUUGUAGCACGACAUCCCACAGUCAGACAGAAAUUUGGACUGGGCUUUGGGUUCUCAUCGCAGCGCUUCCAGUGGUUGGGUUUGUUCAUCUGUAAAAUAGAAAUACCUUUUUUUGAGGUAAGGAUUAGAUGAGAUAGCCCAUGUGCUUGGCUCUUAGCUGGCGCUCUUUAAAUAUUAAUUCCCGAGCCCACCUUACCUUUCUGUUAGUGCCAUCUAAAAACCGUUUCUCUUAUUUGUUUGCUUUUUUUCUGGCUAAAAGUAAUAAAUUCUCAUAUUCAUUCCACUCAGAUUUACCCCAGGAGAUAACCAUUGUUAACAUGUUGUGUUUUGUUUUGUGUGAUUGUGUGUGCAUACAACAUAAACAUAAUCUUAGGAUUUUCCAUUUAACAGUGUUGUGUAGUUUUUUUGUUGGUUAAAGCUUGGGCUCUGGAGUUAAACUGGCCUUGAAUCCUACCUUUGUGAUUUGGACAAAUUGCUUAAUUUCAUUCUCAGUUUUUUCAUCUGUGAGAGGUGAUGAUAAUACCUUCUUCAUAGGGUUGCUGUGAUGAUUAAAUGAGGAAUUGCACAGAAAGCCCUUCGAGUGGUGCCUGAUGCAGGACCUUCAGCUAGUGUUUUCCUCUAAAGAGUUUCAGUACUUGCCAUGUGAUUUUUUUUCCAGUCUGAAUGAGUUCUUGAUUCAGUAUAUAUACUAAUAAUACUAGUGCGUAUUGAGUGCAAACGGAAUGUUAUCAUUACCUUCAUGGGGCAAAUAAAUAUUUUUGUGCCAGGAGAAAAUUAGCAGUAUAUUCAUAGAAGCUUUCCGCAGCUUGACGUCAGCGUAGUCUGCUUUUGAAUUCUAAGAGUUGCCAAGAAGGUGGGUUUACUUUUACUUCCAGCUCUUCCUCUAAAACUCUUGCAGUUACCUGCCUGCCCUCUGGGUGUGUGUGACCUCACCUUGGGAGGGUGGGGUGUUGAGGUGGGGGUAGGGGUUGUUGGAGCCCCCGCUGUUUCAUUCAUUUAACUGUAACAGUGGGCCCUGUAAUACAAAGACACACUCUCUGCCCUUGAGGAGUUUUUAGUCUAGUGGAGAAGGAAAAACCGCUGACUUAUACAACCGUGGAUGAUAAGGGAUAGGUUCUCCCGGAGGCCUGGAGGCAGGAAAGCUAUUUAUUCUGGCUGCCCUGGGGCAACCCUUAAAGUAAGGACUUUCCAGGGGUGUUUCUGUGCUAAGCAAAUGGGAAGUUUUAGGAAGGCACUUCUGAGGGUGGGACCUGAAGGUAUGAAUAAAUGCCGGAGGACACAAAAGUAUCCUGUGUUGCAAAUUGUAGGAAGAGCAAUAAAUAGUGCAAGAGAUUAAUUAAGCCUGGCUGGAUCCUAAGGAGUUGAUGUUUUACAAUUAUAAGCAGACCUUGAAGCCUUCGGCUUAAUCAGUUAUUCGCGUUUUAGAGAAUUUGAGUUGUACAAAGGGUGGAAUAAAUGAGGGCAAGACUGGAAUUAGAUCCAGCGCUGCUGAGAAGAGAUUGAAGGUUUGAACUAUGGCGGUGGCAAUGGCGCCAGAGAUGGAGAGAAGUGGCGAGGUUACCAAGAUGAGAAAACUGAGGUUAAAUGACUUGUUCAGGAUAACAAAACAAUCUGCUUCAUCUUGAUUCUGCAGCAUUCCAAAGUGUGGUAUCCUUGGGGUUCUCUUAACAUUGCUAUGGUGCAGAAGAUUUAAAAUCAGCUGAUGUUCACAAGGAAUAGAGUCACGUGAUGUAUGAAGGGAAACAUAUACACUUCUCUGAGGUUGACAAUAAGCCCUUGUGCUCAUAUAGCCCCAAACUGUGCAAGCAGCGGCGACUCAACGGCUACGCUUUCUGUAUCAGACACGUUCUGGAGGACAAGACUGCCCCCUUCAAGCAAUGUGAAUAUGUGGCCAAGUAUAACAGCCAACGCUGCACCAACCCCAUCCCCAAAUCAGAGGAUCGUAGGUACUGCAACAGCCACUUGCAGGUACUUGGCUUUAUCCCGAAAAAAGAGAGGAAGAAAAAGAAUGAUCCUAUAGAUGAGGUAAAGGGCAGGCACCAGAUGGAUACCAUGGCCUUUAGCCUGGCGGUGCCCACGUUGGCCUUGAAGAUGCCCAAUGGACUGGACGGCAUGUCCCUCUCUCCACCGGGGGCAAGGGUCCCUCUCCACUACCUGGAAACCGAGUUGGAAGACCCGUUCGCUUUCAACGAGGAAGAUGAUGACCUAAAGAAAGGGGCAACUGUGAGAAAGAAGUUGCAGAGCAAGUUGGCCCAGAAUCGUCAGCGCCAGAGAGAGACAGAGAUUUUAAAAGUUCGGCAAGAGCACUUUAGUCCCCCUCCUGCACCUUCCCAGCAGCAGCCUCCGCAGCAGCACUCCAGCCUGUCACCUUUACCCGCGCCUGUCAAACCUCCAGCGCCACCGCAGGGCUUAGUCUGCAAGUCACCUCAGCCUCCGAACACCAGCCUACCACUGCAGGGAGUGGCCCCCACCACACACACUAUAGCACAAGCGAGGCAGUGGUCUCACAAGAGGCCUCUGCCCCUCCUGCCAUCCAGUAGGGCUCCUGUCGUGGACCCGCCCAGGACUGACCGGGUCCUUAUGAAAGCCACAGCCUUCUCUCCACACUUCUCUUGUAUAAGUCGACUGCAGAGACUGGUGAAACUGUGCACUCAGAAGCAUCAGUUGGACACUGAUCUGUUUCCCCAUUUGGGGUUGGACUGGUCUGAAGAGAGUGGAGAGGAACUGGAGGACUCGGAGCAGGCCUCGCCAUACCAGGUUGCAUGGUCCAUCCGAGAAACCCUCAGAUAUGAAAGACACACGUCAGAUGACGAUGACACGGAGAGUAGGAGCUCCAGGGUGACCCAACUUUGCACUUACUUUCAGCAGAAAUAUAAGCACCUCUGCCGCCUGGAGCGGGCAGAAUCCCGUCAAAAGAAAUGCCGGCACACGUUUAGGAAAGCCUUGCUGCAGGCGGCCAGUCGAGAACCAGAGUGCGCUGGCCAGUUAAUCCAAGAACUGCAGAGAGCUGCGUGCCACCGAACCAGCAUAAGCCGGACCAAGUUGAGGGAGGUGGAACCAGCAGCAUGCAGUGGCAUGGUGAAGGGUGAACAGUGCACUAACAAGGCCCUUCCGUUCACCAGACAUUGUUUCCAACACAUCCUCUUGAACCGCUCUCAGCAGCUCUUCUCAAGCUGCACGGCCAAGUUUGCAGAUGGACAGCAGUGCUCUGUGCCUGUUUUUGACAUCACACACCAGACACCCCUGUGUGAAGAACAUGCCAAAAAAAUGGAUAAUUUCUUGAGAGGAGAUAGCUCCCGGAAAGUUCAGCACCAGCAGCAGAGGAAACCCAGGAAAAAAACCAAGCCUCCUGCACUUACCAAAAAACACAAGAAGAAGCGAAGGCGUGGACCUCGUCGACCCCAAAAGCCCAUCCCCCCUGCAGUACCCCAAGGGAACCUCAGCAUGCCCACCAGCGUCUCACUGCCAGUGGAGGCCUCUCAGAUCAGGAGCCCGUCCACGCCAGAGCUGAGUGCUGAUGAGUUGCCGGAUGACAUUGCCAAUGAGAUCACUGACAUUCCACACGACUUGGAAUUGAACCAGGAGGACUUCUCGGACGUCCUGCCACGGCUGCCUGAUGACUUACAGGAUUUUGAUUUUUUUGAAGGAAAGAAUGGAGACCUCCUCCCAACGACCGAAGAGGCCGAGGAGCUUGAACGGGCCUUGCAGGCUGUAACUUCUCUCGAGUGCCUGAGUACCAUUGGGGUGCUCACCCAGUCAGACGGUGUGCCAGGCCAGGAGUUGUCGGAUAGAGGAAUAGGGGUGUUCGCCGCAGGUACUGGAGCGCCAGGAAUUCAGUCCUUGAGCCGAGAAGUGAACACGGACCUGGGGGAGCUGUUGAAUGGGCGCAUAGUCCAUGAUAAUUUUUCUAGUCUAGAGCUGGAUGAGAACCUGCUCCACUCUGCUACCUUGUCUAACCCACCUACACCCCUGGCAGGGCAGAUCCAGGGGCAGUUCUCUGCCCCAGCCAGCGUUGGCCUUACUUCUGCCACUCUGAUCAGCCAGAGUGCACUUGGGGAGAGAGCCUUCCCAGGACAGUUUCAUGGACUUCACGAUGGCAGCCAUGCCUCCCAGAGGCCACACCCUGCCCAGCUGCUGAGCAAGGCAGAUGACCUAAUCACCUCACGACAGCAAUACAGCAGUGAUCAUUCACACUCCUCGCCCCACGGAAGCCAUUAUGACAGUGAGCACGUGCCGUCUCCCUACAGUGACCAUAUCACCUCUCCCCACACAACAUCUUUCUCUGGUGAUAAUAUGGCAGCUACCUUUUCAGCAGAGAUGCCCAUCAUGGCACAGCACUUGCUCCCAACCCAACUUGAGGUGCCACUUGGAGGAGUCGUGAACCCCAGAACUCACUGGGGCAAUCUCCCUGUCAACCUUGGGGAUCACUCUCCAUUUAGCAACCUUCUCGACGCAGAUGGACAUCUUCUUUCCACUUCCCUGUCCACGCCACCCACCACUUCGAACUCAGAGACCACACAGCCUGCCUUCGCCACCGCGACCCCCAGCAGCUCCAGCGCGCUUCCGGGGCUGCCGCAGACCAGCUUCAGUGGCAUGGGGCCCUCCGCUGAGCUAAUGGCCUCCACCUCUCCCAAGCAGCAGCUCCCUCAGUUCAGCGCAGCCUUCGGCCACCAGCUGAGUUCUCACAGUGGCAUUCCCAAGGACCUGCAGCCCAGCCACAGCUCUAUAGCGCCUCCUACAGGCUUCACAGUAACAGGUGCCACAGCUACAAGUACCAAUAAUGCAUCUUCUCCUUUUACCUCCCCUAACUGAGCGUGUCUGUGUGUCUGCAGGCAGGUGGGGAGCCUGGUGUUUUCUAUCUUUGUUUCCUCUUUUAUCACCCCUUCCCCUUUUCCUAAAGAAGAUUUUAAAAAUAACAGAUGGGGGCGGGGGGAACUCCCUUUUCCGGUUAGACAAGUUCCCCUGCGGUGGACCGUGCUGCAGUGUUCACGCGUGCUCCUUCGCACUGGUGCUCAUUCCCUCCUGGCAGGUUCACUCCCCCGUGGUUCCCUUAGUGGCUCAGCACAGUGACUGGAUAGAAUUGACUCAGCAGCAAGUCCUAGAAGUGGAAGAUACCUCAGAUUACCAGUGCCCUUUACUAUUUCCUAGUAUUCAGAUCAAUGCUUUCCAUUUUAUUACCAGGUCUUUACAUAGGUGGUUCUAGAUAGAAUGGUCCCAUUCAUCGAGUCCCCGUGUGUAAGACAUAGCAAAUGGUGUGUGGAGGCCGAUCAAGACUCUGACUUAACAGCAACUGCUAAAAACCAGUGAGGCCAGGAUUCCAUUCCUAAUCGUGAUCACAUUUAAUUAAAAAGAAAAAGAGUAGUCUUUGGACUGCCUGUGUGUAUGUGUGCGCCCACACGUGUGUUUCUGUGCAGGGCCGGAGCAGCUGUCCUGUUGUUAUUCUCUUUUGUUCCUAAUGAGCAUAUAAGACUCUGACUUCUUCCCCACACCUCACACCCCUACUCAUGUUGGUCAUACUCUCCCACUGAGUUAACGAAGUUCCCUCAAUAGAGAGGGUGGUGGUCUGGUCACGUGAAUGGCACAACCCUUUCUGCUAAGUUAGCCCGAAACCCAAAGCUGAAUUCCUAUCAGUGCCGUGGGAAGUGGUGAGACGCUCACCUGAUGCUGCCGGGUUGCUGAGAGACUGUCUGCUGGUCAUGUCGCCGUGUGGGACAUGCAUUUGUUCCUGGGUCCCUCUGCCCCGACGCAUUCGCGAGAUGUAAUUAAAGGAGAUAUUUCGAUGUGGAAAGCGGGGUAGGUCAGGUAGAUGUGGGAAGAUGGCAUCUGUAAACUUUUGGGUCCGUCUUUUGCUUUUGAAUUUUUCAUGUUUACAGUAGUGAUUCUUUGGUAAGGUUUGUAAAAUGUUGAAGACACUUGUAGAAUCAGUGUACCAGUGGUGAAGUGAUAUGUAAUAUCUGAAGGAUACACAUUUUAAAGUUUCAAAGCAGAUUAUGAAAAUGAGACAUAAAUUUUACCCACUCUUUGGUACUUUUAAAAUAAUUUAAGUGCUUAGGUUUAAGUUUUGGGAAGUUGUCUGCAAGUACCAGGAUUUUACACUUAAAAAUCAUAUUGGGUAGGUUAGUAAAUUGGUGACUGAAACGACUAUGUGAGUUUUCUUUUUACCUGCCUUCUCCCCUGCCCUCGCCCCUCCCCCCAAAGGUGGAACUAGGUUUUAAAGGCAUCUGUCCUCUGCUUUUGCUGAGACGUUUUACUGUCCCCUGAGGUACCAUUGGCUAUUUAUACCUGAGUCUAGUCUAAUUUAACAUAUAUAUAUUUUAAAAGAUGAGUAGAGAGAGCAUAUCUAUUAAUGAUGUGAUAUAAUGCUUCAUUUGUCAGGGAAUAUUUGAUCUUAAUUUCUUUUCAAUAGGUAAAGAUUGGGAUGUAUUUUCCUACUUCCAAUAUGUAUUCUCUUUAUGCCAUGCUACUUGUAACCAGUCCCUUCUUUUGAAAGCUUUUCUUUCUCUGCCUUUUAAAGGAAUGAUGGUGAUCAGCAGGCAUUAUGCAGGUGCCAUGUGACUGAGAUUACGGAGGGGAAGUCACAUGACUGUAAGAAAUCAUUAUAUGCCCUAUUUUAUAUUUAUUGAAGUUUCUUUUUAUGGGCCAAAAAUACAUUUGUAAUAUAUUUAGUUUCUUUUUAAAAUCAUGAUAAUUGAUUAGAAGAUUUAUUUUUAAUAGCUUUGCCUUUUUUGCAGAUUGAGAAAUUUCUAAAUUAUAAAUUAUGUCACAAAGCAAAGUUAUAUUCGGUAUCACCAUAAAUUUCUAUUCUGAAUGGUGAGAACAGAUCAUUUGACUAUGUCUCACCUGUGGACCUAUGUGAGUAAACUUUUUUAUGUUAAUGUACUGUAAUGAAAUGAUUAUGAGUAGUUACCUCUACUCAAAAGUGUCAUUUAGUUUGCUGAACUGUUCUCACACACCAUUACAAUAACUGUCCCUUCCCAGCGACUGGGCUUAGUCUGCAUUGUGUGCUAAUGAAAGGUUGCAGGGAGCAGCUUGCGUUCUUAUCAGCCCUUCUCUGACAGCAAAGGGAAAGUCACGGGGAGUCCAUUGGAACUUUUCUGGCUAUUUGUCCCUCGUGGUAGCUGCUUAAAAUUCUUCAGUUAUCAAAACUGAGUUUGCAGUAAGUUGCACAUUUUAUUGUUUGCAAUUUUCUGUUUUAUGUGCAUUUAAAAGCCCUUUUCUGCUUCCUGGAAGGAGGCAGGAAAUGAUCAGGAAUGUUGCCAGUUACAGCUUCACACCAAAAACUUGGAGAAAAUUCAUUUUUGUUUAGAUGCCCACGGUGAUAGCUGAAGAAAGGACAUGUAGGAAGUACCCAGUGUAGGCGUGAGGAAUUAGUAAAAAACAAACAAAUUUUUCCUCUCAUUUCAUCUACUUCAAAACAAAUACCCGAGCUUGUGGUUUGCUUUUCUCUUGCUGUUUCUUGAGUCCCCUUUUGGAAGAGAGAAGAACAUCUGUGAACCCAGAGAUAUCCGUUAUGUUUUUCUGGUAGCUAAUGGAGCAAUUCUAGUCUAUUAGUAGGCUUGCUAUUAAUAUGUAAAGAAAGGAAUGAAGUGUCUUUUACUCCAGAAAUAUGAAAAUUAGUGUCUUUUGAAGUAGCACUUAUGCUAUAUAUAACAAGGCAAUACUGGAAUCAAAAACAAAUUUUAUUUAAGGUCCUAAUUAGGUGGAAGCUAGCUUUUAUUCUGGUGUUAAACUCGAGAAGGAGUGGCAAAGAAGGUUCAGUUCACUCUGUUUCUGCAGUUCUUCGGGACCAUUUAUAAAGGCCAGUUAGAUUGUGUUAAUGUGAUUUUACUUACAAAGUUGCUGCAGUUAAUGGAUACAUUCUGUGUUCUGAAAACCAGGAUUCCAUUCUAAUGUAUGAUACUCAUUGGCUGUGAUCUAGUGUCCGAAGAAAAGAUGUGUUUUCUCUCCUUUACUCUCUACAUAAUUGUGAAUAUUAUUUUAAUUAAAGUGCUUAAGACAUUGAUUUUUCUCUCUAUUAAAAAUACUUAGCAAUUUGCACAGCUGGGUAGAUUAUAUAUCUAGUAAACAAUUCAUAAUAGUUAAUAGCAAUUACACUUGACCCACCAAGUGACGGACUAUGCAAUGAAAAAAUUUUCUAAUUCUCGUCACAUAGCUUAUACUGUGGAGGAUUAUUUUCUCUGAUAACCUGCCAUGUGAGAGAUGACUCUUUGCAAAUGACUUCCUGAGCAAUGUCACGCUGGUGGGCAGUGUGGUGAGUCCAGUGUUCCUCCACGAGAAGACUGUAAUUUAAUGAGAAGCAAAUAGUAAGUAUGGAAGUAAAGUUGGAAUUCCGCCCUUCAAAUUGUAGUUACAUCUUGAGUGGCUUCAGGCUAAAAAAGCUAAUACUUUAUCUUUGCCACAUAAUUAUUCAAGAAUCAUUUCUUAAAUAAGCCCAAUCUCUCAACUGCAAGUUAGAAAUCCCAUUUUUCUGUGACUAACACUAAAAUAUUUUCUUAGCGUUCUCAAUCCGUGAUCACAGCCCAGAGAAGCAAAGAUAGUUCUUUGAUUUGGAAAGAAAGGUUAUCUGUGAUACACACAAAUACCCUAUCGGUACAGUUCUCUUCUUAUGUGAAAGAAUUUAUAUUUCUGUUGACCUGUUCCUUUCAGUUUUCACCAAUUGGCACUAGAGCUUGAGCAUGCGCAGGGGGUCCCAUGCGGUCAGUUCGCCCACUUGCCUACAGUCCCUCCUGUGCAGUGCAUUGUGGGUGGUGAUUGUUGAUAGCUUCAUCAGCAACGUCUUUGUGAGGCAUCACCCUUACUCCAGGCUAGUUCAAAAGGUUGUGGAUUAGUAUUGUAAAAAGAUGAUGCUAUAAAUAACACUAAACUAUUUAAUAGGUUCGAAAUUCAUUCAAAAACUUUUAGGUGUCUAGUUUGCAUUUUCUUCAUCCUCUUUCUUUUUAAACUUCUUUUAACAUUCAAUUAAAUUCUGUUUUUAGCCUGGCACAUAUAGAGUAGUUGAAUGUUUAAUGGUCUUCUAAAUGGUCAGCAGAACUCCCUGUUGAGAAUUUCAGAAAGAAAAUGUAAGCCCUCCCAAACCGUCUUCAUUUCUAUCUCUCUCAUCACCAACGCCUACGUUGUGCCAAGGAUUUUUUCCUGACAAAAAUAUAUGUUUCUUGGGAUGGGGGGUGGGAAUAUAUAUAUGAUAGAACAUAGAUUUUUUUUCACUCUCUCAAUACAUUGAAAAUAAUUGAAUCUUCACUGUCAUUCUACAGAAAGGUAAAACAAUUUAAUGACUUCCUAAUAUCUUGAACUUUACAAGUUUCCCCGUAUAUUGGGGAGGGAUCCUGAAUCCACGUUUAGGAGAUUGACAUUUUAAACACUAUCAUUCAAAAGAUUCAUAAUAAAAUACCAGUGGAGAACAUAUUCAUUUUCCCCUGACCAGCGAGUUGGGAAAGAAAACAUAAAAUAUAAAUGAAUGACUACAUCUCUCCUAAUAACCAGUAUCAUUAAUGCUAAGAUUGUGGUCAGAUUUAGAGCCUUAUUUCCAAAUGGCAAAAAUUCUCCUUUCACUCCAGCUCUUACUGUUUGCUAGCUUUCCUCUCUGCACUGGGGCACAGAGCUAAUCAAAGGCAAUGUGGAGUCAGAGCGGGCGAGCCACUUUGGCAUGACUUUCUUUACCUACAUCCCUGGAUCCUGGGAAUGUUCGGCUCCUUUCAAUGGCAGAGUUUUUGGUGACCUGAAGUUUAGUUUUGUAAGAGAAAACCUGUCUAACCCUUAGUGACCUCUGUAGGGCAGCACAGCACAGCCUUCCUUCCUUUCCCUUUCUGCCUGCUUGCUCAGCCCACCCCAGUCCUGCAGUGUACACACACACACACACACACACACACACACACGUGCACACACACAUGCACACUCACACACGCACGCAUAUACACACGGUCUGUACUGAUGCUGAUCCUGGCCUAAGAGUAACAGGACCCUCAUCUUUCACUUGUUUUGUUUUUGUUUGUUUAUUUUUUUAAGCUGGGGACCACUGACGUAAGCUCUGUAUGCACCCAAAGUUCCCCUUGGAAAAUUUUUCAACAUGCAGUGCAGAAGGCUCCAGUGCAGCGAAAUGCCACACCAUUGCUUUUAGUUGGGGAUAGACUGAUUGGCCCUGAAAUGACUUCACCUCCUUAAGACCCCAUAGGCUCCAGCAGAUGAGUGUGGAAGUGAUAGGCGUUGUUUUCAUCUGCUUGCAAGGGUUGAAUCAGUUCCUCUCAACAGUGAUAGUUCUUUUUCACUGUACAGUGUUGAGUAUGUCUCAGGGAUUCCUUGUGGAAAUUAGGGCAGAUUUUAAAAUAAGAAAAUAGUUUUCAAAAAACUAAAGGUGUCUCAUCAUUGAAGAGAGUGCAAGAAAGAGAAAACAUUUGGUUUCAUAGCCCACAGUGUCUUGCAUAGGACUUUUCCUUUCUCCUUCAGCCUCUCAUCUCAGCUUCAGCAUACAGAAUCUUUUCCCAUCAUGCACAGCUUUAAAACUUUUAUUUAAAAAUCUCCUUCCCCGAUGAGCUUUCAGAAUACUUAUUGUAGAUUUUAAGAGAAAAGGUAUAUUAAUUUAUGCUAUUAACAUCACCUCAUAAAUUAUAAGUUUUAUACUAAAGCUGUAUUGAGUGUAAUGAGUUAUGUUGCCUAUGUGUUUAAUAGCUAAAAAAUUAUAUAAGAGCUUUUUUUUUUUUUUUUUUUUUUUAUUAAACAAACUAGUGAAGCACCUUUUUACACUGGAUCUCCGCUGUGUCAAGGUGUAUAGCUGUCCUUUGCUACCUUGCAGAUAUAUAAAAUAAAAGGAUAUCCUGGGGCCUCAAAAUGUAGAACACCUUUAGACCAUUCAUUACGCUCAUAGAACUGUUGAGAAUCAUGUUUCUUCAGUCAGUGAUCUGUGGUUUACACUUAAGAUGGCUAGAAGCUUAGUUACAGGGUAAAUAGAAAUACAUAGAUCAAGUAAAAUUCCCAACUACUGUAGCUGGAAUUUGUAAACGAAGUUUUUAAGACCUCCUUUAUUUCCUAUGGAUUUAUUCUUUAAUUUACAGUUGAUUUUGUAAGUUGGGAAGUAAAAUAGAGAAAAUAAAUCUAGAUGUUCUCAGUGUCUUAUUCAGGAACCUUUUUAUCCCUCCUCACUAAGGAAUUCCCACUGUGACUUUAAAAUAGAAUUAAAUUACUUGUGUGCAUGUAUAUGUCUGUUUUUACACACAUGCAAAAAUAUCCAUUGGGGGCACGUGUGAGAGAGAUGAGUGUGAGCUUCAGUAAAAAUAGAGAAAGGUAACCAUGUAUUAUAGAAAUAUGAUUCAUUUAGUUGAGGGUAUUGGAAUUGCUUUCUCAGUGUCUCUGUUGUAUAAAUACACCAAAUUGUUCAUCAUGUUAUGUUAAAAGGCUAACUCUGAUAUCAUGUGCAUUUUAUUCUAAUGUUUUAACUUAUAUUAUGCUAUGUUUUUAAAGUGACAUGAGAAACAGCAGGUUCUAAGACCAGCCUCUGGCUUCUGAGCAUAAAGAUAGGAGAGAGACGACAGGGCUGUGUUUAUCUGUUGGGGUGCUGGGACCAGAGAUCAAUUGAGCCGCCUUCUUCUUCCUUUUUAUUUUAUUUUAUUUUUUUUAAGAUUUCUUUAUAUUCUGAGUUAGAAAAUAUUGUUGAUCAUCUUUUCUUGGUGAAGUUAAGAAAAUUAUAGGCCUUUGAUUAAAAAAAAUGCCAAUUUUUCAAGGGGCUGCUUUGUUUAAUGAAUUGGUGGGAUCAUUUCACCGUGUAUAUUUCAAAACAGAUGAUUUCAGUUAUUUUCAAAAAUGAAGAAAAAAAUUACUUACUUGUGCUAUUAUUUAUGAAGUUAGCCUGCCCUCCUCCACCUAUAUUUUGGCUAUAGGGAAAAUAUGCUACCCUUGACUUGAUCCAUAUGGAAUUAAACAUUCCUAUAUUUUGAGGUUUGCCAUUUUGCUGUUAUACAUUCAUUACUGGAUUAUCUGGUGGUCUAAAGUAGUCAAAACUAGAGUUGUUAUUAAAUGCUCCAGCCACAUUUAUUUUUAAUAUUAAAAAAUCGUGUACUUUGAAAUAUGUCAAAACAGCUUCUGAAAGUACACAUGAAUUUGUAGUCCUCUUGGAAGCCUUGUUCUUCUUAUAUAUAGUCAAGACCGAAAGCUUUAUAUGUUCUUUUUACGGUGGUAUUUUUGCAGCAUCUCCCAGUUCCAUUCACUCUUGCUUUAUGGAUUUAAAGAAACCUGCAUAUUUCUUGUACAUAUGCAUGCAACUGAAAGAAGGGAGUUUGUAUUGGUGCCAUUUCUCCCUUCAGUUACUGAUUAAUGGGAUUCCCUAGACUAAAGUCCCCCUAAUUGAAGGGUGAAAAUCGACCCUUUGUGUAUAUCUGUAUAGAGAUGUGUAUAUGGAAUGUGGCGGCACUUUGCUGAAUGUGAACUUGCCUUGUCAAUGGAAAGAUUGAGAAGUAUUAUGUUUAUUUAUACAUUUGUAUAAAUCUAUAUAUACACGUAUGUAUAUGUGUGUGUAUAGAUAAAGCUAUAUACAUAUGUUUCCCUAAAAAUGUGUGUGUAUAAUAGAGAAACAGCCUUUGUUAAGCAAGAUUAUACAUCUAUGGAAAAUUCUGGAUUCUGCUGUAAGCGGGAGGAGGUGACAGUCGAGUCCGUCAUCAGAGCAGACUAAGACGGAGGAAGUCCUUUGGAUUAUAGUCUUGUUUAUGGUGAUUAUAACUGAACUUCUUUUAGAGCCGUUCUUACCAGUUCCACUGUUCUUCAUCUUCUAAGUCCAUCUUUCAACAUUUACAACACUUCAUUGUGCUUUUCCUCCUUUAUUGUGUCCUUUCAGGAGCAUUGUCUUAAGUGUAUUACAUUAACGUCUUGGUUGUUUCUUUUAAAGAUUUUUAUCUCUGAAAUUUCCCAGAAGGUACAAGUUUUGGGAACAUUUUCUAUAGUAAUUUUGAGAACCAGGUGUUCAUCUUUGUUUCAGAAACACACAGACAAAAAUCAGCAUUCAAACAAAACUGAAAAAUUUUACCUAGAUAAUUUUGGAACAUUUUACUUAAAUUGAAAAAAGAAUUUGAUUUUAUGAUUGAUAUUAGUGCUAGGUUCAUUUCCUCCUUUAUUGUCAUUUAACAUUUAAUUUGACUUUGAUAAAAAAUUUACCAUUUUAAUUUUAAUGGAAAGCGCACAGACUCACAUGUUAGCCUCUUGAAUUCUAUAACCAACUCAUUUUACUCAUGAUGAAACUGCUUUGAUGAAUUCUUGUGGAAUGCGUUCUGCUAUAUUUCCUUUUGACUUUUCUCACAUCGGUGGCAUUGUUUUAACUUUGCUGCAGCUCUCUAGAAAACUUGCAUCCCUAUAUAUUGUGCCUUUCAAGCUCUUAUGCACACACAGACAAAAGUAUAUUUAUACAUGUUGGAGCAUGUGUACAUAUACUUUCCUAUAUACUCACACAGUAUGUCUUUAUAUUGUGGGAGUGGAUAUAUAGAUAUUCCAAGGCAAUGAAAUGUUGCUCUCUAGAUAUAUAUGUAUAUAAAUAGUGUUGAUAUACUGUAUAUACACAUGUAUAUGUAUGAGUUUUAAAUGGCAAUCUUUUACAUUUAGCAAAAUGCUGCCCCUACUGGAAUAUUGUCACUGCAAUGGCAGUUGUAUGUAAUGAUUUAAAAUACAUUAUCAAAAAUUAUUUAAAGAACAUUUAAAAUUCUCAUCUAAAGAUAUCCACACAUUAUUUAUUUAUCUUCCUUUUCCUUUUUUUAUUUUAUUUUUUUAAUCGAAAGGGAGGCUGUCAUUUUUAAAAUGCCAUCUGUCUCACAGGAGGAGAGCUGGAAAUUCACUUGAGGGACCGUGUGUGUUUUUCCGCUCUCUGAUGUACCACAAACCAGCCUGUUUAUUUCAGUUAUAAAGCAGUCCUAAUAUUUCCAUUAGUGUAUGUCAUCCACUAUCUCCUAGAUCAACUUAAUUCACCAAUUUGCCUCUUCCUUUCAUUAAUAAAUAAUGAUCGUCCAGAUCAUUUUGCCUGGGGGAAGUUAACUACUCUUGCUGCAGGGAACUAUAUCACCUAAUUGUUAUUCUGCCUUGUUCAAAAGUCAACUCUGAGGGAAGGCGGCACUCUCAUGAAGCUGUCUUAAGCAUGUUUUGCAUUUAUUUAGUUAAAGGUCUUCCCUUUACCACCCCCCCCCCAAAAAAAGAACUCCCAAGUCUGCAUGCACUUGACAUAGAUUUAAUUCUUAUUCCCCACAGCUUCAAGUAUUUUUUAUUAGCAUAUCAAUUUGACACACCUAAUGAAAUGGUAUUAAGAAGAACUGUUAAAUAUUUUAUUUUGUGAUGAGUUAGCAGCUGAUUAGGUUUUACAAUGUUACAGAGAGGAAUGUAGGCGGACAAUCUAAAUGUAAGAUGUUACGAAAAACAGUGGAGUAAGAGUACCCCUGAGAACUAAAAUAGAGAGGUUGGGGGCGAGUGACUUCAGAGCAGCUUAGCUGGAACUUGAUAUCAGAAACAGCCUUUAACAAAAAGCCUCUUGGCAAUUGCAUGGUACUAACUAGAGUAGUACUGAAAGUGUAAGUUGAAACCAAGUUGCAGUGGGAAAUCAAAGGUGAGGUGGCUUGUUUGAAACCAAUAAGUGACAAGUUGCACAGUUUUAAAAUCUCUUAAUGUAACUGCACGGUAGCAAGGACUAGCGAUCCUCGAAGCCUAUGUUUUUCAGUGUUCUCAGUCACCUUGGCACACAAGUAUGUUUAAUAGUCCAUACAUUAAAAAUAUUUACAAAAAGGAAAGUUGCUUAAAGGGAACUUACAAACUGAGAAUCUUCUCUGCGUUUGUGAUCAUAGUGGCUGGAAGCUUAGUUACAUGCACAAAAGCUAGGAGCCACGGGGUUCUGCACAGACUGUAGAGCGAGAUGAGGAGAUUGGCAGGUUUGGUGCGAGCCCCCCGGUUUUGAAGGAAAGGCAUUGGGUGUGAUGUUACUGGGGGAGACCACACUUUGGGAGGGGAUGGGCUUUUGGUUUGUAAUUUCCCUUUAAACAAGAAGAGAUGGUUCACAUUUUCCAUAUAUCUCUCAAUGAAUGUACUGUAUUACUGUUUUAAAAAUUUGAUGAAAUAAUAAUGGAUUGGUCUCCUUUUGUUAUCUGGUCCUUGUUUAAUUUGUUUAAGGGUUUUUGUAUACAAAAGUUUACAUUUUUAUGUAUAUUUUUCUUGUGUAAAAACUGAUGUAAUAUGUGUAUAAAACAUUGUAUGUAUUAUCUGUAUAUAGUGUGACAAAAUGAUUUUUCUUUCUUUCUUUUGGAUGUAUUAAUAAAUCUUGCUGUGAAGUA